UAAGAAUAGCAGAUACUGAAAAGUAGCAUUCACAGAAAUCACUGAUAUCGGAAAAUCGCAGUUUAGCGCAUCGCUAGUCGGGUUUGUGCAGUUCAUACGGGGGACGCAGCGGUUGAUGCAGAUUGGUUUGUUCUGGAUGUACGCAGAGCCAUCUACAGGUGGCUUUGACAGAUUGCUGCGAUAGAAGCAGGUCUUUGGGAGCAAACAGGUGUAUUUGAAGUUACAAGUUUGAAUGCAGGAAGUGUCUUUAAAUGUUUAUUGGAUGCAGUGCAGUACGGCGUUGAACAGUGAAUUUCGUCAAGGAUUCAAAGUGAUAACUUGCCGGUACUGUUCAUCAGAAGUGUUACUAGUAUUAACCUCUAACAUUAAUGUUUUACUCAGAGUAGUUAAACCAGCAGGAAAUGUUACAUCCGCUUGUGGAAUCGGAUUUUAUAAUAUUAUAACAUUAUUAUAAGAAAGUGAUUGUGCCCCUUUUUUGUUGUUUUUGAGUUUGCCCUAUCGAGAAAUGAAGCAUUAUGUGUGUGGGUGGUGUCUCCUCUUUGUGAGAUAGCCCUUUACCCAGAAGACAUUUAUUUAAGUGAGGAUCUGGGUGUUUACAUAUUAACAUGUGAGCGUUUUGUUUACUCUCUUCACAUUAGUUUUUAGUAGGACCACGCCAGAAUUGAUUCACUCAUGCGUAGAUGAAUAGUUCUAAUAUUUUUGUUGCAAAUUGAUUUCCCAAAAUCUUGCUUAGAAACAGCACUAGCGAAAUGCCAAAUUUCGGCUUACUAUCAUGAUAUCGUGGGCGAAGGAUAUCGUAGAAUUUCAGACUGUCUUCUGAUUUUUUUAGUUAUUUCAGCUGAUAAAGAUACGGUACAAUCGUAAAAAGUGUGUGAUCUGCGCGAUACUAUAUGCUCCAUGUAGCUAAAUUAACAUCUACAAUAAGAAUGUAGAAUUACAUCAAUUUUUGGUAUUGGUAAAUGUUAGUAAGCUAUACAAAAGACAAGUGCGUCGUACCAAUUGUUCCGUGAUUACUGAACGUAUAGGAUGAUUAGUGUACACAUGAAAACAAUCAAUUUACUUUUAAGAAUUUAAAGGUUUGCAUCGCAGUUGACACUGUUUGGGUCAGCCAGCAUUAGUCCUAGACCUAAUAGACAUUCUGGGAAUUUACUUGGUGAUAGUUGGAAAAUGCAUACUAUUGAUUUAUAUUCGGUUUUGUGUUUAGCGGCCGACGCCACAUUUCUUCAGAUUCUUUAUCAAACUUUUGGUACAUGCAAUAUACGCAGGUGGUAUGGGCCUACUUAAUUUAUUAAUUCCUAUGAAGUAGUUGGGUAGACGUUACAGUGGACCCCCUUGCAUUUUGUUUUCUGCAUUUACAUUGCAACUUUAGUGUUUAUUAUGAAAAGCGCUUUCAGUGUGACGAAGUACUCUUAAAUAAGAUGAAAACGCAAACAUUAUGCUAUGCUAUAUGUCGCUCCAUGGCCACAGCCAAGAUUUCAAGACGUGUCGAUCAUUAUACUCGAGCCAAUAGUUGAGUAUAUUGGGAUUUUGUAAGAAUUUUUAUCGCAAAUAAAGUAGGUUUACUAACAAGCAACUAUCCAUCAUUUUAACAGCGUUAUCGGCACAUUUAUGGUGUAUCUUGAAAAUGACUUCCGUGUAGAGGUGGUUAUUAGUUUUUUCUGAUCUGUUUUGUGAUAAAACUGGAGCUGUACGGAGAAUGGUGUUAUACUCAUUGAUGGCUCACACUGUGUUCACUUUUUAUUCUUGUGACUGCUCUAAUUGGCACCCUCUGAAUUAUAUGAAUGUCUUCUUCUUUUCCUUCAUUACACCCUCUGUAAGUCUGCGGGUAAACCUAUCAUGGAUUGUUUCUUCCUCUUCUCCUCUCAGUACCCAUUCAUACUUUUCCUUCCUUUCACCUUCUCUUUUCAUAUCAUUGGUCUUUGUCACACUGGUCAGUGUUUACUUGGUUCUCCAGCUUUCCAUCCCAUCCACCUUGAUCCUCAUCUGCUACCAGUACUUCCAGUAUUCAACAACAUGCUUUGUUCGUGUCUUUUCGCUUGACCUAUCUGUUGUCUUCCAUACUCUUGGCAGUUCCGUCCAUAUUCACCCUGAGCAAAUUUGAGCCCCCUUAAGUCUUUCUCCUGAUAUGGCUGUCAUGGUCUGGUACAAUUCUUCCUUAGGCCCUCAUCCAUUUUUCACAACCUAGUUGUAGGUCCCAGUGUAGUUAUUCAGUGUUGUGUCUUCCUAGUGUUAUCGUUUCAGGUCUGCAUGUAGUACCGAAGUCAUCAUUGUUGCCUUGUAGUCCCUGAGCUUUGCGUCUGUAGAUAUAUUCUUUUUAUUGCAUACUUCUCUGGCCAUACACACAGCUGUUGUCGUCUUCAACGUCUGUUAUUCUCUCAUUGCGUUUGUUUCUUCCUUUUAUAUAUUCUUCUAGAUAUUUAAAUUAUCCAUCUGUUGCAAGCUGCCUUCUGGUGUUACCAGUUUCCUGUAGUAGGCCUAUUUACUUUGUUGAGUUGUUUCUUUGCUGCUUCUUCCAUCUCAGUUACUGUCUACAAGGCCCGGGAAGUCCACUUGGACUCUAUUGUUCAAAAUCAGAUUACUAAUUUAGUUGAAAUUACAAUAUUUAAAAACCUAGGAUUGAUCUGUAUUUAACAUGAAAUUGACAGCUAUCAUAUGCAGACAUUAGUACUGUUGUAUGGAACUUUUGCCUCUGGUUGCUGGGGCAUUCCAGCUUGAUGCAGCAGGGAAAAGUUUUGGACUGAUAGACCAACUGGAAGGCAUAGGACAAGGUUUCUGCAGUGAAUUAAGAACUAGUCAUGUAGUCCCGAAUAACCCUCUAUCAGGUAUUCACACUCCAUUGCCUCUGAUGUUCAACUUGCCUCAGCAGCUGCAAAUGCUCAAUGAUCCAAUAAUGCACAUUUAUUACAUUCAGCUAUAUGCGAGUUACCAAGUUAACAUAUUUGGUAAGACAGGAAUCUUAUGUCCAGAUGUUAUGUCGGAACUGAGCAACAGAAUUCCAUACCUCAUCUGUAAUGCUGCUGGUGAAGCAGCAUGAUACGGAUAGAAGCUAUAUGCCCACAAAAUCUAAACAGUGUUGGGCUGUCUUAUUCCAGAGGCAAUUGUUACUUCUCUGGACCUAACAUAUGGUUUAUGAGCAAAAGGUGCCAGAGGAUCUAUUUUGUUAACUCUGCUUAAUUUAGGCCUGCUCCUUACCCUCAUGUGGUGUUCCAGUGCCGUUUCAGUAGAUUACAUUAAUACUUGUCCCAUAGGUCAUGAAUAUGACAUUUCAUAAUGAUGUGGAAUGUGCCAGUAUGAAAGAGGUGACGUUGAUAAGAUAUUAAAAUGACAUCUGAAGGUAAAUCCGAGCCACAAACAGCAACAUUAACAACAGAUGCCGUCCCUAUUCCAUCGGCAGAAGUUCCAAAUGCACACACAGAGAUGGUGUCUGUACAGAAUGAGUUAGGAGAGAAUGACUCCCAUGAAUCUGAAGAAUAUGAGGAAACGCAAGAGGAGCGUGUACCUAGAAGUAAUGAACAAGAAACUGAAAGUGUAAAACUGUUAGACGAUGUUGAAGUGGGUAGUCCACAGGAAUUACCACAAAAGGGAAAAGAAACUGUGGAAACUCCGAUGACUAAUAAUCUGACGGAAAAAAGGAAAAAACCUACUAGUGAUAAAAGAAUAAGGAAGCAUGACAAUUCACCAACACCAGGACAAGCGUCAUCCGUUAUGUACAGUAUAACAAAUGUAACGGGACCAUUUCAAAUUGGCCAUAAAAUUACAAUUAAUAUGUCAUCAAAACAAGAAAAAUCUUCAAAGACAUCACCCAGGAGGAUACCUAAGGCUGUAGAAGACACCUUUAAGAGCACAGAGACAGUCAAAGAAGAAGAUCUGGAUACAGUGGCUCCACAUGUUGGCAGUGCGUGGAGGAGAGUUGGCAGACUGCUGAAUUUCAGUGAUGGUGAACUAGAUCAGUUCAAGAUAGAUUAUAAAACUGAAAGUGGCAUGAAAGAGGUUAUAUAUCAGAUGUUACUUGCUUGGAAAAGAGAAAUGAGUAAUAAUGCAACGCGCGGCAUUCUAUGCAGAACUUUGUGGUCUGCACACGAGUAUGAUGCAGCAGAAAAACUAGUUCCGGAUAGAAAUUGAAAGUAUCCUGCACCGUUCCAAAGGCUGAGAAGAAGAGUAUGUUUGUGAAUGAAUGUGCAAGAAGGUACAAAUUUUUAUUGUCCACUUUUAUGAGUGGUGUAUGUGUCUGUACAGUCAACUUAAUUUUUGUAUUAAAUAUAGUUAAUUUGAUACUGUAUUAUAACCAAAUAUCAAAAUAAGAGGGCAUUUUAAAUAUAUUUUAAUGUUCUUCCAUCACCAAGUGCAGGAAUAAAAUCAUCGGCAAUGUAACUGAAAAUUUUGCAAGUUAUUUAAUAAAAUCAGUUAAAUCUGAGGUCUCAGUAA